AUGAGUUUUGAAGUACUUCUUCUAAAUUUGAUGCUCAGGUUUAUCUUCAAGAACUACCAGUUUGUUUUGGCCUUGACUUUUGCUAUUGAAGAGAUCAAUGAAAACCCUCAUCUUUUACAUAACUUUACUCUGGGGUUUGAUAUCUGUAAUGUUGAAUUUGAAGCUUGGAAAACACUUAAAAACCCCUUCAUCAGCCUCUUUGGGAAGUACAACAUUCCAAACUACUCCUGUAUGAGAGAGAGCAAGUCUAUAGCAGUACUGACAGGACCGUCAGGAUUAACAUCUGCACAAAUUGGGACAUUUCUGAACCUCUACAGGUUUCCACAGCUUACCUUUGGACCUUUUGAUCAUGCCCUCAGUGACCAUAACAAGUUUCCUGCUCUCUAUCAGAUGGCCUCAAAGGACACGUCAAUAGCAAAUGCCGUGGUCUCCUUACUGCUUCACUUCAGUUGGAGCUGGGUGGGACUGCUAACCUCACAAGAUGAGAAUGGUAUGUGGAUUCUUCCUGAAUUGAAAGAAGAGAUGACCAAGAAUAGCGUUUGUGUAGCCUUUGAGCUAGUAAUCCCAAACUAUGCCCUGACAUUAAAAUUCAUGACACUUUAUGACCAGAUUAAUAAAUCAUCAGCCAAUGUCCUCAUCAUAUAUGGUGAUAAUGAAUUCAUACUACACUUAAUGAUGUGUGUUGAGGAAUAUUUCAUAAAAGGAAAAGUUUGCAUCAUGAACUCACACUGGGAUUUAACCACAAGGAGGAGAUAUUUUAUGCUAGGUUCAAUCCAUGUUCCUAUCAUUUUUUCACCCCAUCACCCAGAUAUUUUAGGUUUCACAGAUUUUGUCAAGGCAGUUAACCCUUCCAAAUACCCAGAAGACUUUUUCCUAGCGAGGCUGUGGUUUCUGUCUUUUAAUUGCUCAGAUUCAGAGUCUGACUGUGUAUUGUGGGAGAAUUGUCCUCAUGAAGCCUCCUUCGACUGGCUGCCUGGACACAUUUUUGACACAACUAUGUCUGGAGACAGUUACCAUAUAUACAACGCUGUGUAUGCUGUGGCCCAGGCUCUCCAUGAGCUGCUUCUUCAUCAAGCAGAAGCACAAACAGUGGGAAAGAGAAAAGGGGCAGUGACCUCCCCUGCACAGCUGCACUAUUUUCUGAAGAAUAUCCAGUUUCAUAAUCCUGCUGGAGAUCAAGUGGUUUUGGAUGAGAAAAUGAAGUUAGAGACAGAAUAUGACAUUGUGAAUGUUUGGACUUUUCCAGAAGGUCUUGAACUUAAGUUGAAUGUAGGAAAGUUUUCUCCAUAUGUUCUACAUGGUCGUCAACUGUCUUUAUCUGAAGAUAUGGUACACUGGGCCAUAGGAACCACAGAGCGUCCUCACUCUGUCUGCAGUGAGAGUUGUGGUCCUGGAUUCAGGAAAUCCCCUCAGGACGGAAAGGCUGCCUGUUGCUUUGAUUGCACACCCUGCUCAAAAGAUGACAUUACUAAUGAGACAGAUAUGGAGCACUGUAUGAAGUGUCCAGAUCAUCAGUACGCCAACACAGAGAGAAACCAGUGCCUCCCAAGAGCUGCACGUUUCCUGGCUUAUGAAGAACCCUUAGGGAUGGCCUUGGCCUGCAUGGCUCUUUCUUUAUCUAUACUCACAACAGUUGUUCUUGGGGUCUUUGUGAAACACAAGAACACUCCCAUUGUCAAGGCUAAUAACCAGGCUCUCAGCUACAUCCUACUCAUCUCCCUCAUCUUCUGCUUCCUCUGUUCCUUGCUCUUCAUUGGCCGUCCCAACACAAGCACCUGCAUUCUACAGCAGACCACAUUUGGAGUUGUGUUCACUGUAGCUGUUUCUGCUGUCUUGGCCAAAACUGUAACUGUGGUUCUGGCCUUCAAGGUCACUUCUCCAGGGAGAAGGAUGAGGUGGCUGCUGCUGUCCGGGGCUCCUAACUUCAUCAUCCCCAUCUGCACCCUGAUCCAGGUGACUCUCUGUGGAAUCUGGCUGGGAACCUCUCCUCCCUUCGUGGACACAGACGCACACUCUGAACAUGGCCACCUCAUCAUCCUGUGCAACAGGGGCUCCCUCACCGCCUUCUACUGUGUCCUGGGAUACCUGGGCUUCCUGGCUCUGGCCAGCUUCAUGCUGGCUUUUCUGGCCAGGAACCUGCCUGAUAGAUUCAAUGAGGCCAAGUUCCUGACCUUCAGCAUGCUGCUGUUCUGCAUUGUCUGGCUCACUUUUCUGCCUGUUUACCACAGUGCCAAGGGGGAUGUCAUGUUGGUUAUAGAGGUCUUCUCCAUCUUGGCCUCUAGUGCUGGACUAUUGGGCUGUAUCUUUGCCCCCAAGUGCUACAUCAUCUUGUUAAGACCAGAUAGAAACCUUCUGCAUGGCUUCAGGGACAAAGCACAUACUGGGAGAAAUAGGCCCUCUUAA